AUGAAAACGGUUCAUUUCAUACAGUUUGCGGCAUCUCUGUUCCAUUUUGCUAUUAACUUUUCCGAGCAAGGAUCCAACGAGUUGCGGCUACUACACUAUCUAUUCGAAGAUAGAUUUUACAGUCCGUUCGAGCGUCCAGUGGCGAACGAGUCCAUGCCGAUAAGGGUCAACUUCACCUUAGACCUUCAACAGAUCAUUGAUGUGGACGAGAAGAACCAAAUAAUCCAUACAAACAUCUGGUUACAAAUGAAAUGGCGUGCUUCCAAUCUAGUCUGGGACCCAGCGGAAUACGGUGGAAUAGACUCAAUCCGGGUACCUGCCCAAAAAAUCUGGCUGCCAGACAUACUUAUGUACAACAGCGCAGACGAGAAGUUUGACGCCACGUUCCACACGAAGGUUGUUGUCAAUAGCGACGGGUCCUGCCUCUGGGUGCCUCCCGGCAUGCUGAAGAGCACGUGCUCCAUAGAUAUAACGUGGUUCCCGUUUGAUGACCAGAAGUGUGACAUGAAGUUCGGUUCCUGGUCGCACGACGGUCGCUACCUUGACCUGCAUAUGGAGGAUCCAAACGGUGGUAACACUCAGACAUUCUAUAGGAACGGCGAAUGGGAACUCCUAGGCGUGCCGGUAAAGCGUAACGUGAUGUCGUACGAGUGCUGCCCGGAGUUCUACAUCGAUCUGGUGUAUACGAUCCACAUCCGGCGUCGCACCCUCUACUACGGCUUUAACAUCAUCAUCCCCUGCCUCCUCAUCUCCUCCAUGUCACUGCUGCUCUUCCUCCUGCCUCCUGACGCCGGUGAAAAGAUCUCCCUCGGUGUGACCAUCCUACUUUCGCUGAUGGUAUUCCUGUUGUUGGUAGCUGAGACCAUGCCGCCCACCUCGGACGCACUUCCGCUCAUAGGUAUCUAUUUUUGCUGUAUCAUGGUCAUGACGUCGCUGUCAGUCCUGUUUACAGUUGUCGUUCUUAACUUUCACUACCGCGGACCGGAAACACAUGAGUUGCCAAUAUGGGUAAAAAUUGGUGUCAAUACAGCGCUUGCAGGAGUCUUGUGCAUGCAGAGACCCCCAGCAGAAAAACGUCGCCAAAGCGUCUGCUGUCAUAGGUUAGGAGACAUUCCACUAGGUGAUCGAUCUAACCAUUUCUUGCUUCCAAAUUUGUUGGAGUCCGAGGACGAAUACAGAUACCAACAGGAGAACAAUGGAAUAAGCUACCUUACCCGUGGGGAUUCAGAUCGGAGCCGUCCACCAAGUGUUUCGCUAAAUGAUGGUACCCCGCAACAGUAUCCUGAUGGAAGAUUCUUGGAAAACGCUAACGGAUUGGUGCGAAAUUUAUCGAGUAUUUUAAUCGAGGUUCGUAAGGUAACAGCAAAACUUCGACAAGAGGAGGAAGAAACAGAAAUUAAGAAUGAAUGGAGAUUUGCAGCGUUGGUUAUAGAUAGGCUGUGUUUGUGGAUAUGUUUGGUCACCACGCUCGUUUCCACUCUCGCCAUUUUGUGCUCCGCGCCACAUCUCGUCGCGUGAAGUGUGAGAGAUUUUAAUCGUAAAAAAGGCGUACUGGAUUUGGUUUUCGCUUAUCAUAGAGCAUUCACUCGAUGAUUAACAUACAAUUUGCGACUUCAAUCAAGAGGUUCUGUUUGCUUUUGAUGAUUUUUAUCUUUCGUCACUGAAAAUAAACACAAACAUUCUAAGAAAGAGAUGUUGGUGAAAAGGUUAAGUUUUGAAAUGAUUAAUUGUUGGAAUAUGUGUGAUUGUUUGAGAAAUGUAUUAGGGGCGAUUAAAUAAUGACUUGGAUAUGAUGGUUAUAGACUGGUUUAGAGGUUGUUUAAAUAUACAUGUAAGUGAUUGUUUUAUGUACAAAUGUGAAUGAUAUCUAUUUGUGUUCUGAAGUUAAACUUUACUCUUAUUUUGAACUAUAAUUCUGUUGUUACUCAGACAUGCAAGAAAACAUUUCACGUUGAACUGUACGUUUUAGUUAGCUAUAAUUUGCAUUGAAACCUAUGGAACUCAUGUGUAAACGUGUAUACAAUUGUACUUAAGACGCUUUAGAAGUCGAAAAGGUUGAAAUAUGUAUAAAUGCACAUUGAAAAAUGAUAUAUUUAAAGAAUUUCAAAAACUUCAAACAUAGUAUCACCAUAGGUUUUCACGUUUAUGUAAUUAAUAUGAUUCGGUUCUUCACACACCAAAGCAAUUUAUAUCAAUAUAAUGUACUGUGAAUAAGAAGACAUAUUUCCCUUUACACGAACGUGUUGCCAAAGCCAUUGCUUUGCAGACCGAUUUGAGGUUUACUAGUUUGGAUUCAGUGAUUAUACGUACAUGUUCUAAAAGCAACAUGUUUUGACUACUUUGUAAUUAUAUUAUUCUAUAUUUUUCCAGAACUUUAUUAAAAAAUGUCUUCCGUU